AUGGGCAAAUACAAACUGAUACACGUUUGGCGCUUAUUAGGCGCUGUUUGCUAUGAGUUCGGCACAAAUGCCUUCGGUUGGAGACGUGUUGUUAAAAGUAGUCGAAAACUGAAUGGAAAGGUAGUUGUGGUGACCGGUGCUAACACUGGCAUCGGAAAGGAAACGGCAUACCAACUGACACUCAGGGGAGCAAAGGUUUGUCUAGUAUACAUCGGGUGUCGGGAUCUCAUCAAAGGAGAGACGGCUGUCAAAGACAUUGUGGCACUGAAUCCAAAGGCAGACAUAAAACUAUUAAAACUUGAUUUGUCUUCACUUCAAUCG